GAACACAUAUCCGGUGGGGCCAAGAAAGUGGUUGUAACAGUGCCAUGUGAAGGUGCUCCCACAUUUAUUGUUGGGGUGAAUCUUGAUGACUAUGAAACAUGCAAGAAUGUGGUCAGUACAUCGUCUGUUAGCACAAAUGCAAUUGCUCCCUUAGCGAAAGUCAUCCAUGAAAACUUUGAGAUUGUGGAAGGUAUUGCAACAGCCAUUCAACCUGUCAGGUCUUCUCAGAGAACCAUUGACGGUUCAUCGAAAAAGAGCUGGAGGGAAGGUCGGGGUGCCUUGCAAAAUAUAAUCCCCAGGUCGACCAAUGCAGCCAAAGCUCUGGGGCAGGUUCUGCCGGAUCUAGAAGGUAAACUGACAGCCGUGUCUGUGAGAGUUUCCACUUGCCAGUGGCUCACUCAUUGAUCUCACUUGCAGGUUAAAGAAAGAAGCCUCUCUGGAUGAAAUCCGAUGUGCAAUGUGUGAAGCCAUGGAUGGAUCCAUGGUUGGGAUCAUUGAUGUGACCAAUGAGAAGGUAGUGUCCUCUGACUUCAUCGGCUCUCACUAUUCAUGCGUAUAUGACUCCAGAGCCAGCAUGGUUGUUGGCAAGAAGUUUGUAAAGCUAUUUGCUUGGUAUGACAGUGAAUACGGAUAUGCCUGCAGAGUAAUCGACCUGAUAAAGUUCAUGCAUGCGGAAACAAAAAUCAUGAAUUAAUUUAAUAAUAAAAUAAAAAUAUUAUUUAAUUUGUAUGUAAAGUCCAAAUUAUAUAAUCAUGGUAUUUUACAUUAACUGUAACAACCGUGCUUAUAUUUGCCAUGUUGUACAACUCAAUAAACAAUGAUAGAACAACAAGAAUAAAAAGUUUUUACAUAGCUUUUA